CAGAGAGACAUUGUUAGACUUUAAGCUACAGUGACAAACUUUAAAAUGCUACAGAAACUGUUCAAAUGCAAAUGAUAGCAAUUAUAUCAUAAUUAUGUAUUUAUAAGAUAGUGAUGAAGGCUUCCUGUCAUAAGUUGAAAUUAAACCAUGAUUGAAUGUGAAAUUGUCAUUCACUGCAUGUCAGGUCUGUUCGUUCCCUUUCCUCCAGUGUAUGUAGUUGAUAAGUGUCAUCACAUCCACCUGUGUCUUUGUCAUUAGUCUCACUCGUAUCACCUGGUGCUCAUGGUCUGUAUAGCUCUCUCCCACCCUCUCUCACUCCUAUUUCCAGUAUCUUUUUGCUAUUUGGAAUUUGAAAAACUUCCUGCACCUGGAGAGAGUCUCCCUCGUGGUCCAACAAAGGCCAGACGUCCCUGGUCACCCAGUGAUUUAGAGACAUUCUCUCCUCUCUCUGGGAUACAAGCUGGCUCCAUAAAGUCCGGCCCUCACCACUGAGCCAUAAUGAUAAUCAAUAAAACAUAUGGAUGACAUGUACAUACAGUAGGGGGUCACCACAGUAGAUCACCUUUCUCUGGUGGUCACUCGUGCUUACCAACAAGCAGUGGAAUAUUCACAGUAAACAAAAGGCGUCAAUGGUUCAAACUGUCAUGGAAGUUCAACUUUAAAAAUAGAUCCACAAGGUCUGUUUAAGGUAGCCUGUCUGUGACGUUGGUUUCCACCUCUUCCACCUCCCCCCUUCCAUCUAUCUCUCCAUCCAUCCAUCCCCACCCCCACGUCCCGCCUCCUACCAGCUGCGUCCGCCGCUGUCCCGUCUGUCUGCACCGUAUCUGUCCCGCCGCUCAGCCCAGCGCUGCCCCUCUCUCCUUCUGCCAGCCCGGACCCGAAGUCUCAGCCCCAGCCUCCUUUGGUUCACCACCCCGGCCCCCCUGAACCCUCCCUUACCCUAACACCCGGUGCAUGCACAGGCGCUGAAAUCAUGACGGGCAUCGCUGCGGCUUCUUUUUUCUCCAACUCCUGCAGGUUCGGGGGCUGCGGGCUCCAGUUCGAGUCUCUCGCCGAGCUCAUCGUCCACAUCGAGGACAAUCACAUCGACACAGAUCCUCGGGUUCUGGAAAAGCAAGAGCAACAGCAGCCCACUUAUCUGGCCCUAAGCUACAUAAACAGGUUCAUGACAGAUGCGGCUCGCAGAGAACAGGAGACCAUGAAAAAGAAAGCCACUCCCAAACUGUCGCUGUCCAUCACGGGCGGAGUCUCCAGGAACAGUACGGCCACUCCUCCCCGCCAUACUAGCGGUAACCUGACGCCUCCUGUCACGCCCCCCAUCACUCCAUCCUCCUCAUUCCGCAGCAGCACACCUACAGGCAGCGAGUAUGAUGAGGAGGAGGUAGACUACGAGGAGUCAGACAGCGACGAGUCGUGGACCACAGAAAGCGCCAUCAGCUCUGAGUCUAUCCUCAGCUCCAUGUGCAUGAACGGAGGAGAGGAGAAGCCGUUCGCCUGCCCCGUCCCCGGCUGUAAGAAGAGAUACAAGAAUGUCAACGGCAUCAAGUACCACGCCAAAAACGGCCACCGCACACAGAUCCGCGUGAGGAAGCCCUUCAAGUGCCGCUGCGGCAAGAGCUACAAGACCUCACAGGGCCUGAGACACCACACCAUCAACUUCCACCCGCCCGUGUCCACCGAAAUCCUGCGUAAGAUUCAAGGCUGAAGUGUGCGGCCGGUGACACUAAUCGUCUACCCCAAACAUCAGCCCUGUCCCACCGUCGGUUCGCGACCCAGCCUUUUAUCACAGCCAUCACACACACUACGUGAUCAAGUGCAUGCUUUAAAUUUCCUACAUAUUGUUUCAGUGCAUCGUUUUAUAGCUUUGUGUUACAUACUUUUCUUUUUUUUCAUUCCUAUGUUAUAUCACUAGUAUUUUUGGAAAGAAAAAAGUAUCUUUGUAGUAUUUUUUAUCAUGUACAUUUGCACAUUCGUAUAUGCUAUCACGUUAAAUAUUUUUUUAUUUCUUAUUAUUUGACUCACAUAAGGUGCUAACUGUAAAACAAAACAAGAACGAAAAAGACAAAAAACAAAGGAAAGAAAAUAGGAAGAAAGGUGAAAGAGGAAACAGAGUCGGGCCGUGCUUCGCUCCCGCUCCAUGUCACAGCUGAUCCCAGGUCAGAUCAGGUCAGAAUCAGCUCUUUGAUGGGACCUUUGGGGCGUGGUGACGUGCUAGGAUGCAGUUAUACUUAAAAAAAAAAGAUAUAUUGAUAUAUAAACAAUAGACAGAUAUGUAUGUGUAUAUAAAAUAUAUGAAAGUAUUCAUGAGCAUACACCUAGUUACACUUUAUUUUGAAGCUUUAUUUUGCAUAUAUAUGUCAGUGUUUUAGGACAAGUUUUUUUUUGUUUGUUUGUUUUUGUUUUGUCUCUGUAACGUUUCUCAUAUUCCUCAGCUGAUGAGUUUGGUCGCCUCAGAAGACAAGGUCAUGUGACUGGCUGCUUUUAAGUUCACAAUCAAAAUGUCUCUCGCUACACCCAAGGAGUGUGAGGCGCUCUGUGAAUGCUGUAUUAAUUAUCUAUUCCAUUCCAUUCCCACAGAGAGACGUUCGUGUUUCACAUACUCUCUCUCUCUCUCUCUCUCUCUCACGUGUACCGUGUCCUCAUUUAGACCUGUGCCAGAGCUGUGAAAGCAGGUUCAGCAUCAUACUCCACUCCAGUUGCCAAGAUCUUUUUUUUUGUUGUUGUCAUAUCUCUUGAUCAUUGCCAACAGCGCUCCACUGCCAAAUGUUGAUCAUACCAUGUGCCUGAAGAAGAGAGCAGGGAGGCUCUGGCCCGGCCGGGGGUUCUGGGAGAUGAUUUGUAAUAUAUUCAAAAAGGAGGUGGUUAGCAUGUAGCAAUGGUCUCUGAGAGCAGUGCUUCUUAAAUGACCAAACUGUGGGAGAUGAGAUUUAUGUGAGCGACUCAACAUCAACAAGCAUGACACGCCCAUUUGCAUAGCGUCACAACCAAAACUUGACAUGAUGAAAUUCACAAUAAUGAUUUUGAAAAAAAUAUGAAACAUUAAAUCUUGAAAGUAGAUAGAGCUUCCUGUUGAUAGAUGACUUGACCGUUCUUGGAUGGAUGAUGCACUGACAUCAUCAGUCCUGAUUGGUCAACCCGUGCAGUGACAUUGAGAGACAACACCAUAUUACUUAUUAUUAUCUGCAGAUGACCUGCGGUGAAACAGGAAGUCCCCAGUCAUUGCGUUGGACCUAACCAAGUAUCCUCUGUCCCACUUCUGGGUGACGACCCACCGUUUGAGAAGCACUGCUCCCGAUCAUUGCACCUCCUCAUUACAGAUGGGUGGAUGUAUUUUUGACAGAAUGUCGUGCAUGCUUUCAGUGUUGUCAUGUGAGAAACAGUGUUUGAGAGAAGAGGGUGGUGUGUCUGUGUGAGUGAGGGUGUGUGUGGGUGUACGAUUACCAUCUGCAGAGCUGUGUGUGUUGUACACAAUGGCAUUCCACUUCAAUUUAUGAAUGCAUUCUGAAUUAGUCUGUAUAUGUAUAAAUGUGUGUGUGUGUGUGUGUGAGAGCAUCAGCCUCUUCAAUGUUACUGUUGUUAGUGUUUCGUCGUCAGUGCCAGGCUGCUGGUUCACCUCCUGUGGAGCAGGAGGGCUGUGUUACUGGCUGGACAGCUGAUGGUGCUGCAUCAUGUAGUCUUCGUCCUGAGUGGUGUCUGUACGUGGGACGCAUCUUGGCACAAAUGUGGAGUGAAAAAAAAGGGUGUGGACCUGUAGAGGGCUGACGAUUAGGCCGGUAACCUAGCAACCAAGGAGUCUGGGUUUCACCAUAGCAUUUGUGCAGGUUCUCGCUCAUCUGUCGAUUGAGUUAAAAAAUACAUGAAUCGUAAUCAAACUGGUGUCCAUAUAUGACCCUCACGACCCCACUCUGGCCACAUGUGGCCCAGAUGCGUCCCAAACUGACAUGCCCACCGGGAUGUUUUUCAUUCAUUGCCUUUAGAAAAACAAAUGGUGCAGUGGUGUGUGCCAAGACCCACCUGUGACGUGGUUUCCUCUGUCACACAGACAGUUCUGAGUCCGUGGCUCAGAGAACUAGUUUUUGUCAUCAUUUCCUGGGUUUAGUGACCUCUGGUUAGCACACAGCCUCUCGUCCUCCCAGCAGCGUUCACCACCGGAGCAAAUGAUUAUUUUUCUGUUAUUUUUUUUUUACGGCAGCGUUUACAACAUUCCUCUGCUUUAAGGUGCAUUUCCGGGCAUUGACUCCUUAAAAAAAAAAAAAGCACAAACACUGCC